AUGGAACCGCCAACGCCAGCCGAGAAACAGGACAUUGUGGACAAGUUUAUGGACAACGAGGCUGCGAGCAAACCGGGAACCCCCGCUGUAUUUUUCAAUUACUACGAGUCGCUGAUCAGAGGACCAUCCGGCAGUUACGUGGUAAAUGUUGCGAAGCCAGCGUAUUCGAGUCACGCAGAAGUGGUCCGGUUCUUUGACUACCUGAUUGGAAAUACGUCGCAAACCAAGGCAGACUUCAGCUGCCUUUACGCCACGGACAUUGCCACCAAUGUGCGGGAGCACGGAAUACGAGCUUUGCUACAGGCGUCAUUAAUGAUCGACUGCGCCUUGAAGCAACACUUACCAGAAGGUCGCAAGGUGGGCGACUUCGUGCCUCGGACAUGGGGCGAGAAGCAGUCAUUUGCCAACUUUGUUGAGCGCUGCUUUCCUUCGCCCGCCCAGAGCCAGAAAGAUCGCCAAGAAUCGGAGAGCCCAUUGGCACAGCGAGGCAGGCUGAAGGCUUGGAAACUGAAAGAGUGGCACAAAUUAAGGCUACGACCGACCGACAACUUGGCCGAACACUUGGUGUUUGAUCCAGACGGAGGUGUCAUCCAUGUCUUCCGACAGGUUAGCUGGUUAAAAGCACACCUUCGUCGCUCGCGGAACGAGGACAUUGACACAGGAUUUGCGGAAAGUUUAGAGAAGGGGACAUUCCCACCACAGCUCCUGCUGGAGGUCCUCGACUCUAUACAGUAUCUUCUUUUCCCGAAUGAUGAGCGAUCGUACAAGUCGCUCGAGAAAUUCAUUAGCAAGUACAAUUUCGACCCGCAGGCUAAGUACUUCCAGAGACAUAUCCGUGCGUUGCCCGAAGACUUUGAAUACAAGUAUCUGGGCAAUCGCCUCGCAACGUUGUUGAAGGUAGUAGACAACCCGCCAGCAGCAAACGGCAUCGUCGCAUGGGUCGAGAGACACACAUCGGAAAGAAGUGCCCUGACGGUAGCUAUCGUAGGACUGUUCUUGACUGCCCUGAUUGGAUUCUUCAGCCUGAUCGUUGCUGCCAUCGCCUUGUUCUACAGCAUAAAGCAAUACGACGUUGCUGCACAGAAUCCACCAGCAUUGUUGCCGACGUAG